AUGGCAGGUGAUCUUGAAAAGGCUUCGCCAGUCAAUGGCGCUGAGUCGUCUUCCGCAGCAUCUUCGACAGCGUCGUCGCCAGUAUUGGAGCCUAUCAGAACUGUUGAAACGCGCCGCAGCCGUCCGCGCGACCCUGACGUCUUUGAACCAUUGGAACAUGCUCUCACCCCAGAUGUUGAGACUGAGGCGGAACGCGAGGCACGCGAGCCUAUCACUUACACAAGAACUGGCACAAGCGUAACGAGCAACGCAUCUCGGCCUGCCGACUUUGAGGUGUUCUUCCAAGAUGGUGAUCCUGAUAAUCCCCGGAACUGGUCGAAAGCGUACCGCUCCUGGAUCAUUGUUUGUGUCUCAUAUUCCACCUGGGUGGUCGUUCUGUACAGUACAUGCUAUACGGCAUCAGUUUCUGGUCUGGCGGAAGAAUUUGGGGUUACAUCUACAGUGACAACAUUGGGUCUGACGACAUACUUGCUUGGUCUCGCUGUCGGAAGUCUCAUCGUGGCGCCCCUGAGCGAAUUGUAUGGUCGGCAGAAAGUAUACAUCCUCUGUCUAACCGUUUGGGCCCUUUUGAUCUUGCCUUGCGCCUUGGCGACUUCGGUAACGGAAAUCAUUGUCGUGCGGUUCUUUGGUGCUGUGUUUGGUGCCGCCAUGAUCUCAAACAGCCCCGGCACUAUCGUUGAUAUCACAGAUCCAGAUCGUCUUGCUGCUGCCAUGUCCAUGUGGUCAAUCGCACCUCUGAACGGACCUUCUACUGGGCCCAUAAUUGGAGGCUUUGUAUUCCAAUACAUGGGUUGGCGAUGGGAUGCCUGGAUUCCUUUGAUACUCGGUGGCGCUGGUGUCCUUAUGAUGCUCACAGUCAAAGAGACAUACCAUCCAGCCAUCCUGAAGCAAAAGGCUGCGCGACUCCGGAAGGAUAACGACGAUCCGCGGUAUUGGUGUCAGUAUGACCAGAAGCUGUCAACUUGGCAUCUCAUCAAGGUCAACAUGAGUCGUCCUUUCACUCUGUUGGCAACUGAACCCAUCUUGUGGUUUAUGGAUAUUUGGAUUUCGCUGAUUUAUGCUAUUCUUUACCUCUGCUUUGUGGCUUACCCGAUUGUUUUCUCUCAUCAUCGUGGCUGGGAUGCAGGCAUGUCUGGCCUGGCUUUUGUUGGCAUCGGUGUGGGCACGAUGAUUGCUAUCUUCGCUGAACCUCUCUUCCGACGUGUUAUCAACUCUCAACCUCGCGAUCCUGUAACUGGCAAACCUCCGCCUGAGGCAACAGCUUUGGUCAUGGCCAUUGGCGCAAUUCUGACGCCUGUGGGUCAGCUCGUCUUCUCAUGGACGUGUCUUCCAGCAUCAAUCCAUUGGGCCAUCCCAAUUGCUUUCGGCAUUCCUUUUGGUGCUGGAAACACCAUCUCCUUCAUAUAUGGGUCAAAUUACCUGGCUGGCACAUACUCCAUCUAUGCUGCCAGUGCACUUGCCGGUAAUGCCGUCCUUCGAAGUAUUGCCGGAGGUGUCUUGCCUCUAGCUGGUCCCAAGAUGUAUGAGGCCAUGACUCCGCAGUGGGCUGGUACGUUUUUGGGGCUUCUCGAGGUGGCAAUGAUUCCAAUCCCGUUCGUGUUCUGGCGAUACGGAGCGAAAAUCAGAGCGAAGAGCCCUACUGUUAGAGCGCUUAGGGAAGAGCAGGAUAGACUUGAUGCGAAGAGGGCCAAGUACCAGAAGAAUUUGGAGAAAAAGCAGAAGCGGGAGGCGGAAGAAGCGAAAGGAGACGGGGGUGUUUUGGAGAAAACAGGAAGCAGUUGA